ACUGGGGUAGUCGAAGCUCGUGUCGCUGUCAGUACGCGGAGUCACACGGUUCGCCUGCCUGGUAUUGUUGGGUACCAACGCUCAUGAUUUGGAGCUUUUACCGAAAUUGAUGAAUACCCCCUGCAUGCUUAUCGCAUGGAUUGAGAGCUACGAUCCUGAUGUGAAAGAGGGGACGAUCCGGAACAGAGCCGCCUUUUUGAAUCCUGACACCCAUACAACUCCUGACAUAACCCAUUUCAAGUGUCACCGAAAAACUGUCAGAAGACUUGAGCCAUGCCCUGCGUCCAGGCUCAGUAUGGAUCAUCACCUCAAGGAGCUAGUCCUGCUUCCCAGAGCUACAGCUACCACACCGCAGGAGAAUACAGCUGCGACUUCUUAACACCUGAGUUUGUUAAGUUUAGCAUGGACUUGACCAACACUGAGAUCACAGCUACUACUUCUCUCCCGAGUUUCAGUACAUUCAUGGACAACUAUAACACCAGUUACGACGUUAAACCGCCCUGUCUGUAUCAGAUGCCCCAUUCUGGAGAGCAGUCCUCUAUCAAGGUGGAGGACGUCCAGAUGCACAACUACCACCAGCAGAGCCACCUGCCACCUCAGUCAGAAGAAAUGAUGGCUCACUCUGGGCCUAUGUACUUCAAGCCCUCCUCGCCUCAUGCCCCGAGUACACCAAACUUCCAAGUUCAGCCUAAUCACAUGUGGGAGGACCCUGGCUCCCUCCACAGCUUCCACCAGAACUAUGUUGCGGCCACUUCUCAUAUGAUAGACCAGCGCAAGAAUCCGGUAUCGAGGCUUUCGCUCUUCUCCUUCAAGCAGUCCCCGCCCGGUACUCCUGUUUCCAGCUGUCAGAUGCGGUUCGACGGGCCGCUGCACGUCUCCAUGAACCAUGACAACCCGGGCGCGCACCGCGGCCUGGACGGCCAGAGCUUUGCCGUGCCGAGCGCCAUACGGAAACAGGCUGGCCUGGCCUUUCCUCACUCCCUGCAGCUCGGCCACGGGCACCAGCUGGUGGACAGCCAAGUGCCAUCGCCCCCGUCCCGAGGAUCUCCGUCAAACGAGGGUUUGUGUGCGGUAUGUGGAGACAACGCAGCCUGCCAGCAUUAUGGAGUGAGAACCUGCGAGGGCUGCAAAGGAUUUUUCAAGCGCACCGUCCAGAAAAAUGCAAAAUACGUGUGUUUAGCAAAUAAAAACUGUCCUGUUGACAAACGCCGGAGAAAUCGUUGCCAGUUCUGCCGUUUCCAGAAGUGCCUUGUCGUCGGAAUGGUGAGAGAAGUUGUCCGAACGGAUAAUCUCAAAGGUCGGAGAGGACGCCUACCAUCCAAACCCAAAAGUCCCCAGGAGCCCUCCCCACCCUCGCCGCCGGUGAGCCUCAUAAGCGCACUUGUUAGGGCCCAUGUGGACUCCAACCCCUCCAUGUCAGCUUUGGACUACUCCAGAUUCCAGGCUAACCCUGACUACCAAAUGACUGGAGACAACACUCAGCACAUCCAGCAGUUCUAUGAUCUCCUGACGGGCUCCAUGGAGAUCAUCCGGGGCUGGGCGGAGAAGAUCCCCGGCUUUUCUGAUCUCCCGAAGCAAGAUCAAGAUCUCCUCUUUGAAUCCGCCUUCCUUGAACUUUUUGUCCUGCGGCUUGCGUACAGGUCCAACCCGGUGGAAGGCAAACUUAUUUUUUGUAACGGGGUGGUGUUACACAGGCUACAGUGCGUCCGUGGAUUUGGAGAGUGGGUGGACGCUAUCGUGGAGUUUUCCUCGAACUUGCAGAGCAUGAACAUCGACAUCUCAGCUUUCUCCUGCAUCGCAGCUCUGGCCAUGGUAACAGAACGACACGGGCUUAAGGAACCCAAAAGAGUCGAGGAUCUUCAAAACAAGAUAGUCAACUGCCUCAAAGAUCAAGUGACAUUCAAUGGCGGUGGAUUGAAUCGUCCCAACUACUUGUCAAAACUCUUGGGAAAGCUCCCUGAACUGCGCACACUAUGUACCCAAGGUCUGCAGCGUAUCUUUUACCUAAAACUAGAAGAUCUAGUCCCUCCGCCAGCAAUAAUUGACAAACUUUUCCUCGACACCCUACCUUUCUGAGUCUGACUCGAUGGCGAGACCUCAAAGAACUUCCAAAAAGACUGUUUGAGUCAGACUUGACAGAUUUUUAACGUUAUUAUUUCUCAAUAUUUGCAGGCUCCGUAGGCUAAUAGAACAACAGUAUCCUAAUAUGAUUCAUGAGAAAAAAAGAUAAAUAGGAGGAAGAGACAGGACGUGUGGUUGCUGCGUAGGCCUUUUAAUUCUCUGAAACUGUUUUUUCCCCUCUUCUUCUUCUUCUUCUUCUUCUUUGAGUGCCAUACGAGUGACGCAUCACGGGGAAUUUCUCUCCAGUGGACAAAUUGUCAACAAAAGUUAAUCCGGUCUUGCAAUCACUUAUACUGUUUAUUUAACAUCGGCUCUACUGAUUCAGCAUACUCAGAUGUAAUAUAUUCCAUUUAUAUAUAUAUAUAUAUAUAUAUAUAUAUAUAUAUAUAUGACCACACGCGCGCGCGCACACACACACUCCUUCUCACACACACUGUAUAUUAUGAUAGAUUAUGUGAUGCCUCCAGUGCAUCGGUUUAUAACGUGUACAAAGUUUGUUAUAAUGAACAGAUGUAAUUUUCUUUUUUCUUUUCUGACUCGUGCCUAUGUGUUUCUGACAGGAUCCCAAAAGAAUCCAGAAAAGACAACGCAUGUUCUAGUUUACGUUGGGGUUUUUUUUCCUCCUUUUUCGUUUCUUUUAUAGGCACUUGCUGAGGUGAUGUCUAUAUAUAAUAUAUACCGGACACUAUGUAGUCUGCUAGAUUUGAUACAGAUUCGUAGUUAUGGCACUCCUUUUAUGUAUAACGCAUAUGUGGAAAAAUAUCUCAUCUGUAUAGAAAAUGAGGGACCCAUGGUGUUUGUAAAACUGUCAGACAUUCCUUGUUUGUAUGUGCUGUAAGUAUUGUUGCUGUUGAAUAUAAACGUUUCUAUAUAUUUAUUAUUUCUAUUGCCAAGAGCUACACUAAGCAUGGUGCAAUUUAAACGAUUUCAAACCAUCCAAGUUCAUGAUGAGCACGUUGUCUAUGUUUUGUCUUAUAAACGUCUAGGUAGUUAUGAUUUAACCCCGUUUGGAAAUGGAAAAACUCCCAUCUUAUAUCAAGAGGUUCAUGAGUGUGUGAUCUAUAGGCCCACAACUUUGACAUCAUAAUGUACUACUUACAACUUCUGUAACGCAUUUGGUGCCGAAUUCAAAAACUUUAGAAAGAAAGAAAUAUUUAAUGUUUACAAAUAAAACUUUUAAAUCAAUUCUUUGCUAAACAAUUUCUCUGAAAUUAAUUCAUUCUUUAAAUUUGGACCCAUCUGAUUGAAAUAGGCUGCUUUAGCACGAGAGACAAUAUUUUCGAGCUCAAACUUAUUUUAAUUUCCUCAAGUUUCGUUCUCAGCGCUUACAGGCCUGUGUGCGCAAAAACAGACGUUUUAAUAAUAAUAAUACGUUUUUUUUUCUUUUAGUGUCUUACUGUAACUAAUAGUGAAAUUACAUACAGUUAUUUAGCUCAACUCACUAAAGUAAGUUACUGCGUUUAAAGAUCCUAAACGCGUCGUAAAUAAGGCCUACUCAAGUUGCAUUUUAUGUUUGAAUUCACAGUUUUGUUUGAACAAAAAUAUUUUGAUUUCUAAAUGCACAUAAUUAUUAUUCGACCAUUUCAGCCGUUUGAGUUGAGCCUAUUCUGGGUGAAUAUUUCAUUCAUCAAAAUUACAUUUUAAUACACUUUUAAUUUGUUGAACACCUAAAAGUUUCCCCCUGCAUGCGUGUGUCUAUAUUUCUAAUAUUUCAACAACGUAAAAAAAGACACUUUUAUUAGUCCAUCCCUGGCUGUUAAAACCUCUUUUCAUUUUCUAACGUCUAUUUGUAUUUGACAAAUGAAAAGGUUACAAUGGAUUAAAUAUAGGAAUGUUCCGUUUUUGGUUUGGAUCCCACACGAAGUAGAUUUUUUUUUCUUUUUUUUUUUGAACGUUCAUUUAAAAGAGAACAUCGGAUUUUAAAAGUCAGUAUGUUCCACUGGAUGUUCUUUGCUGGUGCGAAAGUUGAUGCAAAUAAAAGUUGAA